AUGUCAACGUCCAUACUUGUGCUCCUCCUUCUCAUCAGUACCACGUGGACCGCCAGUGUCGAAUAUGACGAUGUCGACGUCGACUACGACGAUGACGACAACGACGACGACGACGAUGAUGAUGACGACGAUGACGAUGAUAUCGGACUGAGUCUCGAGCUAGAAGAUGAAAAAGAAGAUAAAGAAAACGAAGAACAAGGAAAGCAUAAAUACGAAGUCAGUCUUCUACGAUUCGACAACAAGAGAGAGGACAAAAAGGCCAAUACAACAAGUGAAAUGCCGCAUGCCAGCGAUCGGGCUGAGACGGAGGUCACAGCCGACGAAAGAACCACUCCAUGUUCCACCGAGGAUGCUGCUUCCACGCAUGAGGCCUCGCCCUCCACCACUACACCCAGUCCAGCUGAA